AUGAUUCUCAAGACCACUCCGCCGAGUUUGUUGAUCCUCGAUCGCCUACAACAAGUUCUUUCGAAGCUAGAUGACUUCUCCAGCCGGCAUUCCUGCUCCUUGCCGGUUGAAGCCCCGGAGCCGGAGAUACUUUCUGCUUCGCCAAAUACCCAACCCUCUCAAUCAAUCUACGACUCGCAAGAUGCUCAUGGCAUAUACGAUGAUCAAAAGAUCCCAUGUACCAAAGCUUCGCCAGAUUCCAUCCUUCAGUGGCCCAUCUUUGAAGGCCAGUUUCCCCCCAACUACAUCAUUGACGAAGUAUUCUUGGCGGAGAUGCCUGAAGACAGGGACAUGGACGUGGACGGAAAUGGUGAGUUCUCUGAAAAUACUCAAUAUCGGCAAGGGUUCCACGCGAGAGGUGUUGCGAUCAACGAAGAUGCGACAACGGGCCUGGUCCAACGCUUUCUCCAUCUCGUACAUAUCAAGAACCCCAUUUUAGACCCUGACACUCUUUGGUCAUAUGUCCGGCAUGUGACCGAGGAUGGCUUUCAAUGGGACCCUCCGUCUUGUCUAGUGCUGCUUGCCUGCGCUCUUGGGUCCGUAUCCGAGGAAUACGGGAUUACUCCUUCCCUGAGAACUCACCAAAACUCACUCGAGGAGCGGAACCAUGAUCUCAGUGUAGGCGAAAAGUACUUUAACCUGGCCCAGAGGAGGCUCGGCCUCCUAGGAAAGGGAAUCUUAACCCCGCAGUGUCACUUCCUCGCCGGUGUCUAUCUAAUGUACACUCAACGACCCCUGAGUGCCUGGUCAGAGUUUGAUUCAGCAUCGAAAUCAUAUCACAUCUAUCUGCAAUGCCGUUCUCGUCAAUCAGACCGCCCAUGCGAUGACUCUCCGCAGGGCAAGAGAAGACGAGGGUUGGAACAGAGGCUGUACUGGAGCUGUUACAAGUCCGAGUGCGAGUUGCGCUCACAGAUUGAGCUGCCUAAUAGCUCAUUGGCGGACUUUCAGUAUCCUGAUUUGCUGCCUUCGCCCCCAGAACUACCUCUUCCCCACGCGGAAGGGGACAGCGAGGUGGGUUUUUUGAGACCCCAUGGAUCUCCUACCAAGAUGAAGGCAUUGGACUCGCAGAGGCAACAUGAACAGAGCUGGUUCUACUAUUUGACAGAGAUAACCCUUCGACGAAUCACCAAUCGUGUUCUGAACAUGCUAUAUUCGAAUGACUCCCAUGGGUUGACUGAAGCUUCUAUACCAUUCAUGACCAAGGCAGUAAAUGAAAUCGAGCAGCAACUUCAACAGUGGCAUGCAGGUCUCCCAGCACCUAUUCAAUACACGGAAGGUGUUACGCCAGACGAAGAACUCCCUUGCAUGGUUCACGGCCGUGUACUAGAGAUAAAGUUCUGUCUGUUCCGCCCAUUUCUCCAAUUUGCCAUUCACCAACCGCAAGAUUUGGCGUCCCAGCGCUUGAUUUGCCCUUACGUUGAAAAGGCUAUAUGGGCCAGCCUCAUGAUUGUUCGAUGCAUCAACACUCUUCACCGUCACCAUGGGACCUGGUUUGGGCUUCGGAUCUGCACAGCGGCUUCACUAGCAGUGCUUGGAGCUGUGAGGUGCGGCAAGAUUGACGUCCCGCAAGGUUGGCAAGGUGAUAUUCGUGGAGUGAUGGAGGUCUUCAGAUAUUGGGAAGCAGAGUCCCCUGGACUUUCACGUGCAAUAGAGGUGAUAGAAGCUAUAAUGGAUACGGUAAGGGCUCGUGUAUAA